UCCCAUUUCAAUUUCCCGUUAUUUUGCUGCUGGAAAUGCGAAGAAGCUCCUAGAACACAUUCGCCAUUCCCUCCACUAUAUAUAUAUAUAUAUAUAUAUAUAUCCCCGCCUGCUUCGUCUUCGUCUCAAAUUAGAUCGUGAGUUCCUCCUGAUUCUCGAGAUUAUCGUCUAGCGAAUUCACUCUCUCUUUCUUUCUCUCUCUCUCUGUCUCUCUCUGCUUCUGUAAGAUACCGAGAAUCGUCAAUGGCGGAUGUUCAGAUGGCCGAGGCUGAGACCUUCGCCUUCCAGGCGGAGAUCAAUCAGCUCCUCAGUCUCAUCAUCAAUACCUUUUACAGCAACAAGGAGAUCUUUCUUCGCGAGCUAAUCAGCAAUUCAUCCGACGCAUUGGAUAAGAUCCGAUUCGAGAGCUUGACAGAUAAGAGCAAGCUUGAUGCACAACCAGAGCUCUUCAUUAGGCUCGUCCCUGACAAGGCUAACAAGACACUCUCUAUAAUCGACAGCGGCAUCGGAAUGACUAAAGCAGAUUUGGUGAACAAUCUGGGGACAAUUGCAAGGUCGGGGACAAAGGAAUUUAUGGAGGCGCUGCAAGCUGGGGCCGAUGUAAGCAUGAUUGGGCAAUUUGGUGUGGGGUUCUACUCAGCUUACCUUGUUGCUGAGAAGGUCGUGGUGACCACAAAGCACAAUGACGACGAGCAAUACAUCUGGGAAUCGCAGGCAGGCGGCUCAUUCACUGUCACUAGGGAUGUCAAUGGCGACCAGUUAGGCAGAGGAACCAAGAUCACUCUCUUCCUGAAGGAAGAUCAGUUGGAGUACUUGGAGGAGAGGAGGAUCAAAGACCUUGUGAAGAAGCACUCGGAGUUCAUCAGCUACCCUAUUUACCUCUGGACUGAGAAAACAACAGAGAAGGAGAUCAGUGAUGAUGAAGAUGACGAACCCAAGAAGGAAGAAGAGGGUGCAGUAGAAGAGGUUGAUGAGGAUAAAGAAAAAGACAAGCCCAAGAAGAAGAAGGUGAAAGAGGUAACUCAUGAGUGGCAACUCAUCAACAAGCAGAAACCCAUUUGGUUGCGCAAGCCAGAGGAGAUCACCAAGGAGGAAUAUGCUUCCUUCUAUAAGAGUUUGACAAAUGACUGGGAAGAUCACCUCGCUGUGAAGCACUUCUCUGUUGAGGGCCAGCUUGAAUUCAAGGCCAUUCUCUUUGUUCCGAGGAGAGCUCCUUUUGAUCUCUUUGACACCCGGAAGAAGAUGAACAACAUCAAGCUCUAUGUUCGGAGAGUGUUCAUCAUGGACAACUGCGAGGAGCUCAUUCCAGAGUAUCUUGGAUUUGUCAAAGGUGUUGUUGACUCUGAUGAUUUGCCUCUGAACAUUUCCCGUGAGAUGCUGCAGCAGAACAAGAUCCUCAAGGUGAUGAGGAAGAACCUUGUGAAGAAAUGCAUUGAGAUGUUCAAUGAGAUUGCAGAGAACAAAGAGGAUUACAACAAGUUCUAUGAUGCUUUCUCGAAGAAUUUGAAGUUGGGUAUCCACGAGGACAGCCAGAACAGAGCAAAACUCGCAGAGCUGCUCAGAUAUCACUCAACCAAGAGUGGUGAGGAAAUGACUAGCCUCAAGGACUAUGUCACACGAAUGAAGGAGGGGCAGAAGGACAUAUACUACAUUACUGGUGAAAGCAAGAAAGCUGUUGAGAACUCGCCAUUCUUGGAGCGGCUCAAGAAGAAGGACUAUGAGGUGUUGUUUAUGGUUGAUGCCAUUGAUGAGUACGCUGUUGGGCAGCUGAAGGAAUACGACGGGAAGAAACUUGUUUCUGCUACCAAGGAAGGUUUGAGGCUCGAUGAUGAGAGUGAGGAGGAGAAGAAGAAAAAGGAAGAGAAGAAGAAGUCUUUUGAGAACCUGUGCAAGACCAUAAAGGACAUUCUUGGAGACAAGGUUGAGAAGGUGGUGGUGUCUGAUAGGAUUGUGGAUUCUCCAUGCUGUUUGGUGACUGGAGAGUAUGGCUGGACGGCCAAUAUGGAGAGGAUCAUGAAGGCCCAGGCGCUGAGGGACAGCAGCAUGAGCUCUUACAUGUCCAGCAAGAAGACAAUGGAGAUCAAUCCUGACAAUGGGAUCAUGGAGGAGCUAAGGAAGAGAGCUGAGGCCGACAAGAACGACAAGUCGGUGAAGGAUCUGGUGAUGCUGCUGUUCGAGACGGCCCUCCUGACUUCUGGGUUCAGCCUGGAUGAUCCAAACACCUUUGCUGCAAGGAUCCACAGGAUGCUGAAAUUGGGUCUGAGCAUUGAUGAAGGUGAAGAAGGUGGUGAGGAUACUGAGAUGCCGGCUUUGGAAGAGGAAGGUAACGAAGAGAGCAAGAUGGAGGAAGUUGACUGAGAAAGGGAAAACCUUAAUUAAGUCGUUGCAACAGCGGCAUAUUUCAUCGACUUCUGUGUUUUUGUCUCUGUUGAUGUUUCAGUCUGGUCUUUUCUUAACUCUUGAGUCUUACCGCAUCUGGGCACAAGUCUCCAUGCUGACCAUUUUGUAUCCUACAUGACAGUUAAAUUUUCGUUGGAUCUGGUUUUCACCCGUUUGGAACAGAAUAUAAAAUAAUACAUGUUAUGGAAAUGCAA